GAUCAAAUGUUGUACUACCUCCGUUACAGGUCUAAUCGUCGCACUUAACCUGUAACGGAGGUAGUAUGAAAACUUAUUGAAAUCAGUCUUAAGUCUCUCAAUAUAUAUGUGUAGGUACCGGAAUUUUGUCAAUUUUAUUGGAAUGUGCGUUUUCUUGGGGAAAAAAAAACAAAAAAAAAUCCCUUUCAUGAGUUGAUUAUCUCAUCUAAAGCUGCAUUCUUGUAAGACCACGACUACAAUUGGCGCAAAUCCGAAAUGCCAACAACUUCACACACUCUUUCUUACUCAUCAAUGAAUUCUACCCUCAAAUUCCAUUCAAUUCCCAGAAUUUAUCCUCCAUUUUUCAUACUAGAUUCCACUUGCUUAGUGACUAAUUCUCUGAAAUUUCCCACUGGAAAAACGAAGAACAAAUUCCGCCAAAAAAUCAGUUGUUGUUCCGAUAAACAAAUUAAAACCCUAAGAACUUGCAAAAAUUGCAAAACCCAGUUCGAUCCAUCUCUCAAUCACCCUCUUGCUUGCCGAUUUCACACUGCCCAUUUUGGAGGAGAGACAAAAAGGAAGUUUGAGAGCGUCUACACAGGAGGCACAAUGAACACCCCCAACUCUGGCCAAGUUUUGCAGUACUGGCAUUGUUGUGGAUCAGAAGACGCGUUUGACCCCGGAUGCACAUCAGCCCCACAUUCAUCUUAUGAUGAUUGAUAGUGCUGCAGCAAAUUUAAGAUUAUUUACUGAAUUAAGUUUUUGACCUUUGUAAAGGAGCUGGGUAAGAGCACAUUGUUGCACUUGUAGCGUUCAAUUGUCAAUAUUAAUGCAAGCAAUGGACAAAAUGUCUGGAAGAUAUUAGAAUAUCGAUCUUUGUCACUUACAAGCUUACAGCAUAGCAGAUGUCUCGAAUACUGUUGUAUAUAUUCAUUUGUUAGUCUAAAUGGCAUUCAAUUUGGACAAAAUUGUACAAGAUUUA